UAACAUUUCAACGUUGCCAUAGCAGGCAAAAUGAAAGCUCAUUUCCCUUUUCGAGAGUGGAAAUUGGAAUGGGCUCACUCUCACUCUCACUCUCACUCUCACUCUCACUCAUAGUCAGAGCAGGCAAAAUUUCCCCCGAAAAUUCUAAUGCUCCACCUCCCGCAAACAUCCAAUUUCUUUUGGUUGUCGAUUUUGAAAAGUUCGUCAUACAUUUCCGAAUUCCGCCGAUGAAGGUAGCUGCUCAGUUUUGUUUUCUCAUUGUAGUUUUGUUCAAUCUGGGCCAUGCCCAUUGCAGAACUGAUAUUUUUACCGGCUACCAAGUUACUCUGGCAGUUCCGGCGGAGUACGGCGAGGGGUUCAUCGGAAGGGCGUUUCUGAUUGAGACCCAGCAAAUAACGCCGCCCAGUUUCCGAGCAGCCCUGGCCGUGGAAGCAAUCGAAGGGAACUUUUCGUGUUCGCUGCAAGUUUUCCUCGGGGGAGUUAAGGUGUGGAGCUCCGGCCACUUCUCCCGGUUUUACACGGCGGAGAAAUGCGUGCUGGAACUCACCGGCGACGGGGACUUGAGGCUGAAGGGUCCCGCCGGCCACGUGGGAUGGCGAACGGGGACUUCCGGACAAGGCGUGGAGAAGCUGAGAAUACUGAGAACUGGGAAUUUAGCUUUAGUGGAUGCUUUGGAGAGCAUCAAAUGGCAGAGUUUCAAUUUCCCAACCGACGUUAUGCUUUUGGGGCAGAGCCUAAAUGCGAAUACCCAUUUAACUUCCUUCCCCACAAACGCAAACGCAAACGCAAACGCAACCUCCUUCUACUCCUUCGAAAUCGAACCCCAAAGACUGGCCCUCUACAUAAACUCAAACUCUGCCAAAUCCAAGUAUUCUUACUGGGAAUUCAACCCUCCGAACAACAUAAACCUCUCAUUUAUCACACUGAAUACGCAGGGUCUGGACAUCUUCAGCGACCAAGCCAAGAAAAUCGCAACGAUCCCGUCACAAAGCGAACAGCCACUGAGAUUUCUGGCGCUGGGGAACAC